AUGGCGGCGGCGGCGGCGGGGGACUCCGACUCCUGGGACGCGGACACGUUCUCCGUGGAAGACCCGGUGCGGAAGGUGGGGGGCGGCGGCACCGCCGGCGGGGACCGCUGGGAAGCCGAGGACGAGGACGAGGACGUCAAGUUAGCAGAACCUGAAGAACCUAGAGUGCUAACACCAGAACAAUUAGCAGAUAAACUGCGGCUAAAGAAAUUACAGGAAGAGUCAGACCUCGAAUUAGAGAAAGAAACUUUUGGUGUUAAUAAUACAGUUUAUGGAAUAGAUGCUAUGAACCCAUCUUCAGGAGAUGCCUUCACAGAGUUUGGAAAGUUACUAAAGGAUAGAAUUACACAAUAUGAAAAAUCAGUAUAUUAUGCCAGUUUUUUGGAAGCCUUAGUUCGAGAUGCGUGUAUUUCAUUGGAAAUUGAUGACUUGAAAAAGAUUACCAAUUCAUUGACUGUACUUUGCAGUGGAAAACAGAAGCAAGAAAAGCAAAGCCAAAAAGAAGAAAGGUGUGGUUUCCAGAGGGGGAUUAAAGGCUACCAUGAAAGACGAUCUGGCAGGUUAUGGUGGUUAUGA